CGCACCACACAGGCAGAUCCAAACGCGACCCGAGCCCGACCAAACCCUAAGCCCCGCAUCUCCCUCCCCCUCCCCCAACCCUCCGCGCGAGCCAUGGCCAGGUACGGCGAGGGCGACAAGCGGUGGAUCGUGGAGGAGCGCGCCGACGGCACCAACGUCCACAACUGGCACUGGGCGGAGCGCGACUGCCUCGAGUGGUCCCGCGCGCGGCUCUCCUCCCUGCUCGCGGGCCUCACUGUGCUCGACGGUGAGGGCGGCCUCACGCUCCGCACCGUCGCGCUCGACAAGCUCGACGGCGAGGCCUACGUCAACAUCCGCAAGGGCAAGGUCAUCCCGGGGUACGAGCUCUCCCUCACCCUCUCCUGGGAGGCCGAGGCCGCCUCCGAGGCCGGCGCCGCCAAGGUCGCCGGCGCCGCCGAGGUCCCCUACCUCGCCGACGAGAACGCCGACGAGGACCCCGACCUCCGCGUCACCGUCCGCGGCGACGAGACCCCGCUCGCGCGCCGCGCCAAGGACGCCUUCCUCUCCCGCGGCAAGCCCCUCGUCCUUGAGAAGAUCCGUGAGUUCGUCGCUGCCAUGGCCAAGGGCGGCCCGGCCAAGGACGAGCUCGAGUCCAAGAAGACCUCCGCGAAGCCGGCCCCCGCCGCCGCUCCGGGCGCCGCCCCGGCGGCCAAGAAGGAGGAGCCCCCCGCUCCUGAGCCGGCGGCGAAGGAGAAGAAGGCCAAGGGGAAGGACAAGGAGGGGUUCAAGACGAUUGAGAUGACGGAGAAGUUCUACUGCCGCGCCAAGGACAUAUAUGAGAUCUUGAUGGAUGAGAACAGAUGGAAGGGGUUCACGCAGAGCAAUGCGAGGAUCAGCAGAGAUGUUGGAGGGGAAUUCAGCCUCUUCGAUGGGUCCAUCACCGGCGUCAAUGAGGAGCUGCAGGAAGGAAAGCUGAUUGCCCAGAAAUGGCGGUUCGGGAGCUGGCCGGACGGCCUGUAUUCCUCGGUAAGGUUGGUGUUCGAUGAGCCCGAAUCUGGAGUUACAAUCAUAAAGCUCAAACAAACUGAUGUGCCUGAGGAAGACAAGUAUGGCAAUUCAACUGUGGUGGAGAACACGGAGAGGGGCUGGAGAGAACUCAUUUUCCAGCGGAUACGUGGAGUGUUCGGUUUUGGGAUCUGAAGAAGUGAUACAGCCUGAAGCUGGGUCUCUAAUUUUUACUGAGUCGGGCCUUGGAUGCCAUAGUUAUCCAUGUUUUACUCACCCAGUUAUUCCAUGUUGUUAAAAGGCAAAACUCAGCAUACCAUGGUGGUCAAAAAAACAUCUGUUAUUCAUCACGCUAGAAUGCGUUGUUUGGUAAACAUGAUCAUUUUGUGGUUGUGUGUCU